CUCCCUCACUCUCUCUCUCCAGUAUCAGUGUGUGUAGUCAACACUCGCUCCUUAGUCGCUCGCGCAAACAUCUCAGCUGCUUGUGAAAGAAGAAAAAAAUGAGUAGAAACCCGAGAAAAUCUGAACUACAGUAGAAGCAAAUGAGAGAAGUAUGCAGGGGCACUGCUAAAAAUAUCUAGCAGUACAAAAGAUCUAUCAUUUUUCCUCUCACGUUCGCUCUAAUUUUUCUUUUUCUGUUCUGUUGUUCCCCGGAUACCUGACCGACAGGAUUAAAAAUGACUUAAAUUUCAAUCAGCUGUGGCAGGAGAGAAAGAAAGAGGGAUGAAAAAAGAGGAGUUUGUCCUCUGAAGAGAUUCAGUGGCACACAGCUGGUGAGAACGAGGGAGUGUUAGACGGAGAGAGAGAGAGAUCAAGAGAGGGAGGGAAGAGGACUGGAGUCCGAAAGAGAGAGAAAGAGGGUCUUGUUUCGCUUUUGAGGAAGCCAGGAGUCGGAUCGCCGUUUCCUGCAGGACUACUCGACUGGAAAUGCUGGAAAAGCAGUCAUCCCUCCUUUCCAUCAUCCCGUUUUUCUCUGUGCUUGAGACGUUGUUUUGCUGUGAGACACAAAGGCCUCAGAACUGGCAGCUCACUGGAUUUCGACACUGAAAGACGAAUGGAACAAACAACUGACGAGGCGAGUGCAUGAAAACAACAAUCAGAGCAAUUUGGAGGAGAACACAAACAAGGUGCACAUCUGGAAUAAGGAAUAAACAGACUGACAUAAUGAGAGAGAGUGAGAUGAGAAGGUGUUAAAGGGGAAAAUGAGCACAUGAACAUGGCAGGUGGAUGAAAAGGAGCAGGAAUAUAAGGUGAGAGGAAGAUAAAAACAGCAGGAUCCUGGAAAAUAGAGGGAAAAACAGCUGGAAAGAGUCAAAGGUGGAAGAAUAUGGUGAGAAUCUUAAAAUGCCAUCAGUGGAAAUGUGAAAUUGCUGGUAGGCCCCAAGGCCAAAAUGUUUCAUAGCAGGAACAUUUUAACAAGGGAAGAGCAUAUCCAAGUGCAUAUCCCAGAUACGAGUAGAAUUGAGAGUCUGACUCAAGUUAAAUCCUCAUGUUUGAAGUGUGCGCAUGGACACAGGAUAAACUCAUAAGCACACACGGACGCUCCUCUACCUUGACAAGGGAUAAACACCUCAGUCUGGAUUAAAACGCACCUCAGAAACUGAAACACAUGCAGAUAAACACCUGGAAAUGAGCAGCUAAUUGACCUGGGAUCAACACAGACAAAAAAGGUCUGUGGAUCACUCCCCUAUCUACCAUGCAAGACUCCCCACCCCUUCAGCCAUUCAGAAAACCACAUCUGUCCCACAUUUUAUGCCAUCCUCACAGGAACACACACUCCCCCUCAUUGCCCUCUCAUCCAUCCAUUCAUCUGAAACAAAAUACCCUCAAACCCUCUGAAGCAUUUCAUCAACCCUCUCCACCGCUCUGGCCAAAGUUCACCAGCAGAUACUCACCCCCAGACACAUGCUCACCAACACUACCACUGCAAUUACUGCACUGGCUGGCACUGGUCACUUGUGCAUGCUUGCUGCCCGCUCUUUUCAGUCAGAUUCCAGGAGCUGUAGCUGGUGAGACGUGGGGUGUAGUGUCGGCGUGCCCCUUCCAUUGCAUCUGCAGGAAUCUCUCAGAAUCUCUAAGCACACUUUGUGCUGACAAAGGUCUUCUUUUUGUCCCGCCAAACAUUGACCGCCGAACUGUUGAGCUUCGCCUGGCAGAUAACUUCAUUCGAGAAGUGGGAGGAGGUGACUUUGCCAACAUGACGGGACUGGUGGAUUUGACAUUAUCCCGGAAUACCAUCAGUCACAUCCGGCCACUGGCAUUUGCAGAUCUGGAAAGUCUUCGUUCAUUGCACUUAGAUGGCAACCGACUCUCAGAGCUGGGCCCACGAGAUUUAGUAGGCAUGCUAAACCUGCAGCAUCUCAUUCUCAACAACAACCAACUCAUCAAUAUCUCCUCUGAGGCCUUUGAUGACUUUUUACUCACUCUAGAGGAUUUGGACUUAUCCUAUAACAAUCUGCGCAAGGCUCCCUGGGAUGCCAUUCAGAGUAUGGCUAGUCUGCACACUUUGAACCUAGAUCACAAUCUCAUUGACCAGAUUGCUGAGGGAUCUUUUAGUGAGCUCUACAAACUAGCCCGAUUGGACAUGACCUCCAAUCGCCUACAGACUUUACCACCCGAUCCAUUGUUCGCUCGCUCCCAGACGGGGGUCAUCAGCCCGACACCCUACAAUGCCAUAAUCAACUUAAAUUUUGGGGGUAACCCGUUACACUGCAACUGUGAACUGCUUUGGUUGAGGAGGCUGAUCCGCAGUGAUGAUAUGGAAACUUGUUCUACACCCCUUCAUUUAGCGGGACGUUAUUUCUGGUCUAUCCCUGAGGAGGAAUUUGCAUGUGAACCUCCGCUUAUUACCCGACAUACACACAAACUCUGGGUUUUGGAGGGUCAAAGGGCAACUCUCAAAUGUCGUGCUAUUGGUGAUCCAGAGCCAGUGGUGCACUGGGUCUCACCAGAUGACCGCAUCAUUGGCAAUUCCAGUCGUACCACAUCUUUCCGAAAUGGCACUCUUGAGCUACAUGUGACUAUUGCUCGUGAUGAUGGUACAUACACUUGCAUUGCUAUCAAUGCUGCAGGUGAAGCCACCUCACUUGUUGACCUGAAGGUUAUUCCCCUCCCUCAUCGUGGAAAUGGAACGGUAUUGUUAGCUCGUGACCCAGGAUCAUCGGACAUCACCAGAGAGAAGACUUCCAGUGGGCAAAGCCCUGGUCUGGACAGUAACAGUGACCCUCAGGAGGGACGGGAGGAGGGUCAGGCAGAGAGUGAGGAUGUGGUUAGCGAAGGGGUUGAGGAGCAGAUGGUGGGAGUACAAGGAGUGACCUCUACCUCAGCACAAGUGCAGUGGGAUAAGGGUCAACUGAUGGGAGCCAGCCUGGUGUGGAUGUAUCAAAUACAGUAUAACUGUACUGCUGAUGAGACACUAAUUUACAGAAUUCUGCCCCCCACGACUGACAGCUUUCUACUGAAAAACCUGGUCUCUGGCUCAGACUACAAUUUGUGCGUGCUAGCCAUUUUUGAUGACACAGUCACUUCCAUGGCCGCUACAAAGGUCCUUGGUUGCACCCAGUUUAGCACCAAGGACAAUUACCCAGACUGCCGUUCGCUUCAAGCCCACUUCCUUGGCGGGACUCUUACAAUUCUGGUUGGUGGAGUUGUUGUGGUAACGCUGUUAGUGUUUACCGUGGCACUGAUGGUACGUCACCGUGUGUGCAGCAACCAUGACAAUCAUCAUGAAAUAGGCGAGGAGCUAGGCUGCUCAGGGACAGACUCCCCACCUCUUCCUGCCAAGGGAGUCGAUGUCUUUUCUCAGAGUAAUGGAAAUGGGAAUGUGAUGAUGGUGGUGCUGCCCAAGGGGCUUGUUCAAAAACGAAAAGUGGCAGAGAGAGGGUUGGGGUCACCGCCCAAACCAACUUCCAAAGUGAAACCAAAAACCCUCCCAAAGCCCAAGGUAAAUCUGGAACAGUUCAGGGCAGGACUAGAAGUCGAGAUGGGUCCUGUCAGGCCUCUUCCUCCAUACACGCUGGAGAAAGAGCAAAUGUCUUUGUAUUAUACCCCCAGUAAUCAUUCCCCCUCCACACUGCCACGUCCGUCACGGCAAUUAGGAGCAAAACCGCUCAAACUGCGUCCUACCAAUGUGGACACAAGUAAACAGGCCAGUUUAAGCUUGGCUCCGCCCCCUACGUACAGUCAUGACAGGCGGUUCAGCACAGGAGGGGGCGUUGUAGUCCGUCGGGGAGGACCAGAGAGCCAGUGGAAUUCCUCACUGGCCUAUCAGAGCCCUGUGUUGUCCCAUGAGAGUCCUCCUCACAGCGCCCUGCGCUACAAGAGAAGCUCAUCGUUCGAUAUGGGUGAAAUCGCCACAACAGCCUGCUACAGUUAUGCCAAGAGAUUUAGCGUAAUCUGGACCAAACGGAGCCAGUCGUUACAUGGCAUGCUUGUCCAGUGCACUUCAGCAACAAGCACCUCAACAACCAGCAGCGGCAGUGACGAUUUCCACAUGCAGCAUGCACGCGGAUACAUCCGUGCCUACAACACCACCAACUCAAAUUCCAACCAUCCGAAAGUGGAGGUUACAACAAAUUCAAAGAACCAGUGGCUGAAGGAUAAAGAAAAGGACAAAGAAAAGGCAGAAGAACUUGAGGAGAGUGUGGUGUAGUGAAAGAGAAAACAGAUAAGACACGCAAGUAGAUAAAUGAAGAGACAGGCUGUUAGGACCAAAAGAUUGAUGCAGAAGGAGAAACCAGUUUAAAAGAGAGCCGUAAAUGUGGUAAAGUUACUGUAUAAGUGGGGCUAAACCAUAGGGGGUAAAAAAAAAUUAACAACAGCUGGUUUGGUGGUCUUAGCUGCUCUCUGGUUUGGGAAUGGUGAUCUGGUUUGCUGGUUUUAGAGGGGUUUGGGGUACUUGCCAGCUGGGCAGCCUGUGACACCAGCAAAACCAGCUGAAGACCAGCUUGACCAGGCUGAGAGACCAGUUAAGCCAGAUAAGUCAUAGGAUGGUUUUAGACUGGCUCUUCAGAAGGAAAGUUGUUGAAGAUCUCAUAUAAUAUUGAUGGAUCAUUCCAGAAAUAAAAAAAAGCAGCAAGGGUAUAGACAGCAGAUAUAAAAGUCAAGACUCCUAAAAAAAACAUACAAACAGUCUGGUUUGUCAGUGAAUUUUGGAGAACCACAAACUAUAUUUAUUUUUAAAAAGCAGUCGAUGUGAAAAAAAAAAAGACUAAAUGUAAGCAGGCCCACAGAAACAGUGAUUUCUAACUCAAGUGAACCUUGGGGAAAUAUGAUGGUUCAUUUUGCUGUGGCCACGUGCAUUACAGGAACAAGGCCAGCAAGUGGACAUGCCGAUUCAUGCACAAUCGAUCGGAGGAGAUCAAUUAAUAACUGCAACAAUGGUAUUACAGCAAAUGUGGAAUGUAGAGGAUGCAAACUGCAAGGAAAGUGAAAGUGUACAAAUUGAAAAAUGGUGGCAUGAUUUGGAACACGUUUAAAGCAUAAAUGGGUAUUGACUGACAAUUGAUAUUUUGUGCGUGAGCCUGUAUGUGUGUAUGUGUUUGUAAGUGUGUAGGUGAGUGGGUGGAUUAAUGCACACAAAAGUAAUUUUAUGACACCACUAGAUCUACUCUAUCAUCUGACCACCACUAUCCAGUACAGGAAUGUGUUCUGUGACAAUUGCGUUGGCGGCAAGGAUGCUGGACUAUUACAGAAAAAAAAAAAUCAUUUAAAAAAUGCCAUUCCAAAACCACAGAAUCAAUGAAUAAAUUCUGUUUUAAAAUGUUUUGUUUGGAGAAAUGGAUGAAAAGGACAAUAAUGAGCUGUUUUGCCAGAAAUUGUUAUUUUUGUUUUUCA